AUAAAAUACAUUUUGCCCUUUAAAUCAAGACGAGCAACAUGAAAACAAGAACAAGGGAAUACUUGAAGUUGUACUCAAACAUUCAUCAAUAAAGUAAUUAUUUCUAAUAACAAAGACAUACUUUUAUUUGUAUGUAGGAUUAACUUCAAUUAGAAAGAAUAACUAUAAUUAAGAGGCAUUUUAACUUUUUCUUUUUCCAAUCCAAAAUGUCAAAAAAGAAAAAGAUAUAUACCCACUAGAGGAGGAGUAUAAAAAGCUGAGCAUUCCAGCUGACGAUUACCGGAAAAUGUCGAAGGAAGCCGGAGAAAAACCACCACCGUGCGACACCGCGGAGCAUGACUCAACCACCAGCAACGCCGCCGGUUGCGUCGGCGUUGACAACGACACUUCAAAUUCUCCGUUAGCGAAGGGACUUUCCACAAUAAUAUCUUCAAUAAUUCAUGAAUUUGAUAACAGCGCUGGUGCCACCUCUCGUAGUCAAGAUCAUCUGUCUUCUACUCUCGAUCGUCUCACUGGAGAGCUUGACAAGCUGCUGGAAGAUGCUCCAUCGCCUUUUAUCAUGCAGCAUGCUGCCAGAAUUUCUAGUGUUAGGAAAAGAGUUACAUCACUGAACUCUCUUUUGAAGUCUAUACAGAGGCGUCUUGAUAAUAUCGACCGCACAUUAACUGCUGGCUUGAUACAUGAGAAGUCCACAGGGGAUGGUGGGAGAGACCAUGAGAACCAUAAAUCUUCAUUGAAGAGUUCAUGAUCACAGUCCAGGAGAAGAUUCAACAAGCAUUUGGAACUCAAUCAGCUUUGUAGUUUAAAUGGCAGUCUGAUGCAUAAGGUUAUAGCACUCUACUCUGGCAUUCUGAAAGAUGUUCUUUUUACCUGUCAAAGAUGCGUGGGGUGGGGUGGCUCAAGGGUGAUGCUAAUAAACCUUUGUUUUAGUCCCCGAAAUCUCAAAGCCUCAAAAGAAAAAAUAAUUAAUUUUAUAAUUUUCUUUUCAAAAAAAAAGAGAAGUUUUAAUUAUGCAUGAACCUGGAAGGUUUUAUUUAGUGUACAUCUAAACUAAUGGUUGUCAUAAAAAACUUCCCA